CUGCGCACGUGAAUAGAUUACCUUUCAAACAAGGGGCGGACAUCUUGGACGCAGUCUCCAGUUCUUAUUAUACCUCAAUUUACACCACAUAUUGAUUCAUUUUGUUAGAUAGGUAGCUAAGCUAACUAACCACUACGAAUAUUAGAUAGACUACUAUAAAAAGGCUGCAGUAAAAUCACAUGCCCUACAGUCUCUUUUAAAAUCAUAACAUAGAAAUGUCUGGAAGCGCAGGAGAAUGGUGUCUUAUGGAAAGUGAUCCUGGUGUUUUUACAGAAUUGAUCAAAGGUUUUGGUUGUAAAGGAGCUCAGGUGGAAGAAAUAUGGAGUAUGGAACCAGAGAACUUUGAAAACCUGAAACCAGUUCAUGGGUUGAUCUUCCUGUUCAAGUGGCAACCAGGUGAGGAGCCAGGAGGAUCUAUCGUUCAGGAUUCAAGGCUUGACAACAUCUUCUUUGCCAAGCAGGUGAUAAACAAUGCAUGUGCUACCCAGGCCAUUGUGAGUGUGCUGCUGAACUGUACCCACUCUGACAUGCUACUGGGAGAGACACUCACAGAGUUCAGAGAGUUUUCACUCAGCUUCGAUGCAGCUAUGAAAGGUCUGGCUCUCAGCAACUCUGAAGUUAUUCGACAAGUUCACAACAGCUUUGCCAGACAGCAGAUGUUUGAGUUUGACGCCAAGUCUUCAGCGAAGGAUGAGGAAGCGUUCCACUUUGUGAGCUACGUCCCUGUCAACGGCAGGCUCUAUGAGCUGGACGGACUACGUGAAGGACCCAUCGACCUCGGUGUAUGCAACCAGGACGAUUGGAUCAACGCAGUUCGGCCAGUGAUUGAGAAAAGAAUACAAAAGUACAGUGAGGGAGAGAUCCGCUUCAACCUGAUGGCCAUCGUAUCAGACAGGAAGAUGAUUUACGAGAGGAAGAUAGCUGAGCUACAGAUCCAGCUAGCAGAGGAAGAGCCAAUGGACACAGACCAGAGCAGCACCCUCCUCAGCUCCAUCCAAUCAGAAAUCGCCAAGUAUCAGUUGCUGAUCGAUGAGGAGAAUCAGAAACUCAGACGAUACAAGAUCGAAAACAUCAGACGAAAGCAUAACUACCUACCCUUCAUCAUGGAACUACUGAAGACACUGGCAGAAUACCAGCAGUUGAUACCGUUGGUGGAAAAGGCAAAGGAGAAGCAGAGUGCCAAAAAAGUCCAGGAAGCAAAGUGAGCACAAACACACGCACUCGUCAGUCGUAUUAUUCAUGUGAAGGGCCAUGGACCCCCCCAGACACGAGCAGAGGCGGUGGGACAGAAAAUAACUGUGUUGACUGUCCCACCCAGGUCUACCCCUCCGCUGUAACGCAUGCCUGGAAAGAUAUGUUUAAAUGGACCUGUCUUAUUUUCAUAAUAAAAUGUUUAGAUGUUCGAA